AUGUGGCUGCUCACAGUGGUAGACUCAAAAGAGCUGCGCUACGGGAUGGUGGAUAAGGCCGUCAGUGACUUUGAGGGCUUCGUGAAGAUCGCCGAGGGCGCGUAUAUCUGGCUGACGGAGGCCAAUUCCAUCUGGGCCUUCGUGGCGGAUGAGUACCUUGAGAAGGCCAGGGCCAUCAUCGAUGCCUCCAUUGACAUGUGGAGGAUAGCUAUGCUGCUGUCAACUGAGGGGGUGAAGGUGGCCCUUACUGCGACUACAGCAGAUGGCCUCUUCGGCGCAUCAUCACUGGCAGCUGGAGGUCUAACAUGGGCUGGAGGCCUUGGCAUGGGUGCAGGUUUGGUGGUGGUCAUCGCGUCCGCCCCGUCCAUGCUGGCUGCAACCAGCCUCUAUAAGCUGAGCAGCGCUAUGGAGAACGACUCCCUGACCCCACAGGUGGUGGCGCUUGGGGGGGCCGGGGGUGUCCUGGCCGGCUCCACAGCCGGGCUGCUUAUGGUAUCGGAGUCUGGGACCAUUGCAGGGCUCUCUGCCUCUGGGCUCCUCAGUGGCCUCGCCACCUUGGGAGGAGGCAGCGUGAUGACCAGCCUUGCAGUGGUUGGAGGCGUUGCCACGCUCACAGCCGUGGGUGUAGGAGGUGUAGUUUGGAGGGUCUCACGGAGCUAUGUGCAGGAUCGGCUGCUACACCAGAGGUCUACCAUGAUAGACCUGGCUGUACAGUACAAAUUUGAAAGCCGAUUGGAGCCGGAGUCCCCCCCAACAGGUGACCAAGCGCCAGCUGUGGAGAUACCUUCAGAAGAAAGGUAG